AAGGCACCGGGUUGCUAGUUUCCUGCAGGCCAGAGGCAAUGCCAUCUCCACCAAGGAUCGUCCAAAGAUUAAACCAGCAGCGUACAAUUUGCUAGAUUGAAAAUUGGCAGUUGGGGCCUUGGCCUCCUCCUAGAAGUACUUGCGCGUUGAAAUCGGGAGGACUUUCUGCAGUUUGAGCGCGCUCUCUCCGGGAAGGCAGCGGGGUUGAAAGUGCGCGUAGGGGGUUGGAUUUCGUGCAGCGGCGCAACUGGCUUUCUGCAAGGGCGCUGUGACACCCCUCCCCGGGACGCCACUUCAGCCUGUUGCUUCUUCGGCUGCUCCAGGUCGUUUUUUCCCGGCGACUCUAGUGUGGCUUCCAAACUUCUGGGCUCCUGGCUCACCUCGGAACUUGCUCCCGCCUCCCACUCGCUUCGCUGGGGCCCCGGGAAGUAGCAGAAGCCACAGUUGUCGCCUAACGAGCACUCUCGGGGACCGCGGGUGGCUGGCGGCGAUGAAACCGUCUUGGCUGCAAUGCCGUAAAGUCACCGGCGCCGGGGGUCUCGGAGGGCCUUUGCCCGGGUCUUCUGCGGCCCGGGGAGCCGGUGCGGCCCGCAGGGCUUUCGUGGCCCCGGGUCCGCGGGGCGGUCUCGGGGCCCGGGGCUGCAGGGCGCUGUCCUCGGGCAGUGGCAGCGAGUACAAGACCCACUUCGCCGCCUCAGUGACGGACCCCGAGAGGUUCUGGGGCAAAGCUGCCGAGCAGAUCAGCUGGUACAAGCCGUGGACCAAAACGCUGGAGAACACACACUCGCCUUCCACCAGUUGGUUUGUGGAAGGAAUGCUUAACAUUUGUUACAAUGCCAUUGAUCGUCACAUUGAAAAUGGUAAAGGGGAUAAGAUUGCCAUCAUCUAUGACAGUCCUGUUACAAACACUAAAGCAACCUUUACCUAUAAAGAAGUUCUGGAGCAGGUCUCCAAGCUUGCUGGUGUCUUUGUCAAGCAUGGCAUCAAGAAGGGUGACACUGUGGUUAUCUACAUGCCCAUGAUCCCACAGGCGAUGUAUACCAUGCUGGCAUGUGCAAGGAUAGGUGCCAUCCACAGUCUCAUAUUUGGGGGAUUUGCUUCUAAAGAACUAAGUAGUCGCAUUGAUCAUGUAAAGCCCAAGGUGGUUGUUACAGCAUCAUUUGGCAUUGAACCUGGAAGGAGGGUAGAGUACAUACCACUUAUAGAAGAAGCGUUAAAAAUAGGACAACACAAACCAGACAAAAUUCUCAUUUAUAAUCGUCCAAAUAUGGAGGCGGUUCCUUUGGCUCCAGGUCGUGACCUUGAUUGGGAUGAAGAGAUGGCGAAAGCCCAGUCACACGACUGUGUUCCUGUUCUUUCAGAACACCCACUGUACAUUCUUUACACAUCUGGCACAACGGGAUUGCCUAAGGGUGUGGUUAGGCCCACUGGGGGAUACGCCGUCAUGCUAAACUGGUCAAUGUCUUCUAUAUAUGGACUUCAACCUGGAGAGGUGUGGUGGGCAGCUUCUGACUUAGGCUGGGUUGUUGGACAUUCCUAUAUCUGCUAUGGGCCUCUUCUUCAUGGAAACACAACAGUCUUAUAUGAGGGGAAGCCUGUGGGAACACCAGAUGCUGGCGCUUAUUUCCGUGUGCUUGCAGAGCAUGGAGUGGCUGCCUUGUUUACAGCACCAACUGCAAUUAGAGCAAUCCGUCAACAGGACCCUGGAGCAGCCUUGGGGAAGCAGUACUCUCUGACAAGGUUCAAAACAUUAUUUGUGGCUGGAGAACGAUGUGAUAUAGAGACCCUGGAAUGGUCCAAAAAUGUCUUCAGAGUACCUGUCUUAGACCAUUGGUGGCAAACUGAGACUGGAUCUCCAAUUACGGCAUCAUGCAUUGGAUUAGGCAAUUCUAAAACACCUCCACCAGGGCAAGCAGGAAAAAGUGUUCCAGGAUACAAUGUUAUGAUUUUGGAUGACAACAUGCAAAAACUGAAGGCUCGGUGUUUAGGAAAUAUUGUGGUAAAGUUGCCAUUGCCACCUGGGGCUUUUUCAGGACUCUGGAAGAAUCAGGAAGCAUUCAAGCAUUUAUACUUUGAAAAAUUUCCCGGAUAUUAUGAUACUAUGGAUGCUGGUUACAUGGAUGAAGAAGGCUAUGUGUAUGUUAUGUCUCGCAUGGAUGAUGUAAUAAAUGUUGCAGGUCACAGAAUUUCUGCAGGUGCCAUCGAAGAGUCAAUCCUUUCCCAUGGCACCGUGGCAGACUGUGCUGUUGUAGGCAAAGAAGACCCUUUAAAAGGUCACGUCCCCUUAGCACUCUGUGUGUUGAGAAAAGAUAUAAAUGCAACAGAGGAGCAAGUUUUGGAAGAAAUUGUGAAACACGUUAGACAGAGCAUUGGCCCUGUGGCUGCUUUUCGAAAGGCAGUGUUUGUCAAGCAGCUACCCAAAACCAGAUCUGGCAAAAUCCCUCGAUCAGCUUUAUCUGCCAUUGUCAACGGCAAGCCAUACAAGAUAACCCCUUCAAUUGAAGACCCAAGCAUUUUUGGCCAUGUAGAAGAAAUACUGAAGCAAAUAUCAUGAGUUUGUUUCAUUCCUAUUUUGAGUAAAUUUCAGUUAAUUUUUUAAUUGUAAUUAAAAUAUUUGAGUUGUUUCUCAGAAAUAAGUAUUUCACUAGAAAUUACUUGCAAACUGAAAUGUGAAUUGUAAAACUUGGCCUAAACAAAUCUAAUGAAAACUUGUGAAAGA